AUGCGACGCUGUCCCUGCCGGGCCCCGCCGGCCACGGAGGCGCGGAGGCGGCGGAGCCGGGGCCCAGGGUCCGAGGGGGGCGGGCUUCCCCCGCCGCGGGAUUGGCCGGACGCCGCAGGGGCCCGGGGGACUCUGGACUCCGCCGGACUGCAGGGGACGCUGGACACUGCGGGGGUCCGGGCUGGGCCGGACAGAAUUGGGCCCCAAGGGACACUAGACACUGCCGGGGCCCGGGGGACGCUGGACCUCGCUGGGGAUCCGCGGGACGCUGAAGGCCCCCAGGGGACGCUGGACACGGCCGGGGCCAAGUGGACACCGGACGCUGCCUUGGCCAGGGAUCAGCUGGACGCACAGGCUCUUGAGGCUCAGCCGCACGUCGUGGGGACCCAAGAUCAGCCGGCCAGAGCCGGGCCGCCGGGGCCACUGGACACCGCCAAGGCCCGAGUGGACACUGCUGGGAUCCAGGCUCAGCAGAGCAGAGCUGGGCCUCGGGGGCGGCUGGACAUCGCUGAGCCCCAGGAUCAGCUGGCCAGAGCCGGGCUUCUGGGGAUGCUGGUCACUACUAGGUCCCAGGAUCAGCCUGACGGGGCUGAGCCCUGGACACAACCUGACAUAGCCGUCCCUGAGCCUCAGCUGGACAGAGAAGGCUCUCAAGGAUGGCCGGAGGGCGCUGGCCUCUGGGAGCUGCAGGACAGAGCAGGCCGCCAGGGAGGGCCCUACAGAGACAGCCGCAGAACAAGGCCAGAGCAAGAGAGCUCUGGGGAUCAGCCCAACAAAGACAGUCACCAGGUGAUGCCUGGCAGAGCCGGGCCCUGGGUAUGGAAGGAUGGAGACAGUCCCGAGGCUCGACUGGACAGAGACAGCCCUCAGGGACAGAUAGACAGAGCUGGCCCCUGGGAUCACUGGGUAAGGCCAGAAAAAGCUGGCCUUGGGGAACCACCGGGUACAAAGGACCAUCAAACAAAACGGACUGGUGAUCACCAUUCCACUCGAGGGCAGCCAGAAAAAGAUGCCCCAAAGCCCGAGACUGAGAGAGCAAGCUUGUGGGGACAGUCGGACAAAGAUAUCCCCCAGGUAAGCCCAGGGAAAGCUGGUCUCUGGGGACAGUUGGACAGGCACUACUCAGAAGUACAGCCAGAUGGAACCAUCUCCCAGCUCAGUUCAGAGAGCGAUGGCUUUUGGGCACUGAACAGAGACACCCUCCAAGGCUGGCUGGACAGAGAUGAUCCAGAGAGGGAUGACCUUUGGGGUCAGCUGGAUGGAGAGGGCCUUGCGUCUCGGCCAACUGGUGAGGAUCUCCUGGGAAGGCUGGGUGUUGAGAUCACUCUUGGGUGGCCUAAGAGAGACAAGUUGGAGGCACAGUCAGAGAGACAGGACUGCUGGGGACAGCUGGACAGUGGAGGAAGUCCUCUGGGGAGGCUGGACGGUGGCGUUUCCCAGGGACAGCCAGCUAGAGACUGCCUAGCAGUGAGGACCGAGAAAGACAACCUCUGGGGAUGGCCAGGCUGUCCAGGCAGACACAGCCCUAUACCACGGCCAGAGAAUGAGGGUCCUCUGGGGAAACAGGCUGGUGAUGUCUCCAAUGAUCAGGCUGGUGAAGAUGGGCCUCCCACGGUGCCAGAGAAAGCUGGUUUCUGGGGACAGCUGGGUAAAGAUGUCCCCAUGGGACAUUUGGACAGAAACAGCUCCCAGUCACUGGCAGACAGGGAUGACUCCCUGGUGAGGGCAGAAAGACGCAGUACCUGGGCACAGCCUCACAGAUACGGCCUUGAACUACCCCCAGGAGGUGGGGGUCUGCUGGAGCAGCUGGACAGCAAGGUCACUGUGGGGCAUCCAAGCAGAGAUGGCCCCCCGGUGGGGACAGAGCAAUAUGGCCUUUGGGGGCCGAGGGACAGAGAUGUUGGCACUGUGAGGCAGCUGGACAGAGAAGGCCCUGAGGUGGGGCUCAGUAGAGAUGGCCCCAUAGGAAGGCCAGAGAGACCUGGUAUCUGUGGACACUUGGCCGGAGAUGACUGUGAGCCUAGGCUGGUUGCUCUGGACAGCAGCUUGCCCACGGGGCACCUGGAGGUGGGGAGUCCAGGGGGGGCCCUGGAAUUCCUUCUGCUGGAAGAACGGUGCCACUCCCUGCUCUGCAGGGGCCCCCAGGGGCCUGUGCCCCAGGUGAUCAUCACCUCCGAGCCUGGGACUGGACUGCUGGGCCGAGAGCAAGAAGGCCCCUCGCCCCAUCCUGUGGGGUCCCCAGCCAGAGGCCCUGGUGGCAGCGGAGGCCUUUCAUCUGCUUCUUCCUUUGAUGAGUCCGAGGAUGAUGUGGUCAUUGGGGGCGGAGGCAGCAGUGAUCCUGAGGAGGGGCCCAGGAGUGGGGAAGGACCUUGCAGGCCCCAGUCGUUUCAUGCUACAGAUGGGAACACUGAGGGGUCGGGAAUCUCCCAGUGCCAUCCAAACGUGUCCUGGAGGAAGCUGAAGACGGCUGUGCACUGCGCACCGUUUGUUGUGUCUUUCAGAAAGCACUAUCCCUGGGUCCAGCUCUCGGGACACAAGGGGAACUUCCAAGCUGGGGAGGAUGGGCGGAUCCUGAAAAGGUUCUGCGAGAGCGAACAGCGGAGCCUGGAACGGCUGAUGGGGGACGCACUCCGUCCAUUUGUGCCCACCUAUUACGGGGUGGUGGAGCAGGACGGAGAAGCCUUCAACCAGAUGGAGGACCUGCUGGCUGACUUUAGCACGCCCUCCAUCAUGGACUGCAAGAUGGGCACCAGGACAUACCUGGAAGAAGAGCUAGCAAAGGCCCGAGAGCGUCCCCGGCCUCGUAGGGACAUGUAUGAAAAGAUGGUGGCCGUGGACCCCGGUGCCCCCACCGCGGAGGAGCACGCCCAGGGUGCCGUCACCAAGCCUCGCUACAUGCAGUGGCGAGAGACGGUGAGCUCCACAGCCACUCUGGGCUUCCGAAUCGAGGGCAUUAAGAAGGCAGACGGCACCUGCAACACUAAUUUCAAGAAGACCCAGGGGACAGAGCAGGUCACUCGAGUCCUGGAGGACUUCGUGGAUGGUGACCGGAACCUCCUGAGGAAGUACGUGAAACGGCUGGAAGAGCUUCGAGGAACCCUGGAAAACUCCCCCUUCUUCCAGACUCAUGAGGUGGUGGGUAGCUCACUCCUCUUUGUCCAUGACCGGACCGGCCUGGCUAAGGUCUGGAUGAUCGACUUUGGCAAGACCGUCCCUCUGCCCGCGCCCCAGACCCUCAGCCACCGGCUGCCUUGGGAAGAGGGCAACCAUGAGGAUGGCUACCUGUGGGGUCUGGACAACGUCAUCCAACUUCUGGACAGACUGGCUCGGAGCUAAGCCAGGGACUCCAGGGGCAGGACUGAAUCGGGGGCUGAAGAGGGGCAGCCCCUAGCUCCUACUUGGGAUUUAUUUAUUUUUAAGGUAUUUAAGCUGUUGAGACGAAAGGGGGGCAGAACCAAAAGGAGGGCAGCGGGGGUGGCAUCUGAAACAGGAUGUGCCCAUCCCCAGUGACCCUGGCUCCAAGUAGGGGGAUCCAUGCUGGGUGCAGGUGCGCCCCACUAGGUCAGUGCCAGGGCGUGAUGGACUAAGCAUCGCCCCUCGCGAGCUGUAUCUGCGUACAAAAUGCUAGAGCCCCAAGCCCAUUGCUUGCUGUGCCAUGGGUUGACUCAUGGGAAGAGAAGGCCCUCUCACCCCAAUACCAGCACUAGCUUUGAGGGGAGGAGCGUCAAGGCCAAUGUUAACACUGUGAUCUCUACUCUCUUCCUCACCCCCUCACCCCCUGGUGGUGAUGGCGUAUUACCUGACCUUCCUGGCUCUGGGGGCCAGCCACCAGGGCUCUGCCUCUGCCAGCGUUGUGGAAGGGGAACUUUUGUCCUGCUCUUCCUACCAGAGGCCUGUCCUUCCCAGCUUCGGAUUGGAGGGAAGGAGGCUAACGGGUGGGAAUGGCCAAGUGAGCCUUCUCUGCCCUCCCCCCAAUAGUAGAAGGUGUGACUACCACUGCCUAUAAUAGAGGUUGCCCGGCUGUCAGCUCAGUCUUCAGCCUGUGGUGGGGGGGGGAGGGGGGCUUGCUGGCAGCAUCCAGUGGCAACUCUGGCCCUCUUUGAGCACAAGAACCAAAGACUACUCCAUCCAUGCACCCCGAGGGUGAAGGAGGCACGGGGGAGAGAACCCUUAUUCAUCUUCCGGCUCCCCAAGGAGGAGCUGGGGAGGGGCCUGGCUUUACCCUGGAACUUGAAGAGGCUUUAGGGAAUGAUCUAGUUCACAUCUCAUUCUCCACCUGGAGCAUGGGAAGUGGUAGACCUAAGGGAUCAAGGCCAGACCCCCACCCCCACAUACCAGCUGCCUCCUGAGUGCCAGCCUUACUGAAGUGUCCUUUCCUGGCCCCGGGGUGGGGAUGGAGAGAGAACGGGGCUAUGCUCUUUCUCCUUAUUUAUAAAGAGGAGUGGGCUGAGGCUGCUGGGGCCUCACCCCUCCCUUAAAUAAACAGAGCCUGGUGA